GACUGUAGUUGGUCGGCCAACAGAGAACACGGAUUCCGUAUGCGUUCGUUCGUUUGUGCGCCCAGUCCGAGUGUGUUGAAGCGCAGUCACAGUAGCAGCGAGUAGGUAAACGAGAAAACCAGAAAACAGAGUGACAGCUCUCGAUUUCGAUUCGUUGUCUAUCUGGUGUCGGAAUCGGAUCGGGUCUGCUAGCUGGUUUGAAGAGAAUAUCGCGGAACGACGACGGUCGGUCGACGGGAUGCUUUGAAUGUGAAAGAAAGAUGUGCGACGUCGUCGGUGUCGGUGGCGUUUGAGAUUCUGCGGAAAAAUUGUGUGUUUUAAGACCUUCUGGCUGCUGCGGUGCCAAGAAAGUUCCACUGAUUACGGCGUGAAAGUGCGUUCUGCCCCUCGGGUGGAGCGAAUAUCCCGGUGCUUUGGUGGAUUCGGUCGAGCUAAAUAGUGCGUGAUAAGCGUAAAUGGAAGAAACUCAGCAUAACCCAAGUGUUAGUAACAAAAAAAAGAAACAAUUUCAUACACCAUGCACUGAAGCUGUGAUAACGUUCCAAAAACGGCCUGCGUCGCGUCCGUCGGUGCUUUUAUUUAGUGAUAAGUGAGAGCCCGCAUGCUCGGGCAACAAUCUGGUAAUGUAGGCUGUCUCCAAAAACUACCAUACUGCGUCAGUGCGCCAAGGAAGAAUUUAGUGAUUCAAGAAGUGAAGUGACCCCCUCGAGCUAAGAAAAAAACAUCACCGCCUCAGGGAAGUGGUGAGAGUGUGCUGGGGGGGCGCAACCCGGGUUUCCCGGUUCCGACCAUGUCGGAGCAUGAGAACAAAUACCAGGUGUACAUCUAUCUGAAGGAAUGCUUCAUCGACGUGCCGGCCCGGGAGGGCGAUACCUGCGAGGAUCUGUGCACCAGCCUGUGCCAGCGGUACGACAUUGGGCCCCUGGUGCAGCUGCUGUUGGGCCUGCGGAUACACGACGAGCCAUGGUUUCUGGCGCCGAGUGCCCGGCCUCAAGCCGGCAAAAAGUACGACUUUCGCGUGCGGUUCAAGAUCCCCAAGCUCUCCAACAUGAAAACGUUGGAUCGGGCCCUGUUCAACUACUACUACUACCAGCUGCGGCACGAUCUCCUACAAAGCAAGAUCGGCGAGAUCGAGAACGACGAGUACAAGAACAAAAUCCUGGGCUACGUCGUCAACGACAUGUACCGCAAGAUGGUCGAGGAUAAGGUCAGCGUUACCGAGCUGCAGCGCACCUACAAGGAGUACAUCCCGCGAAAGAUCAGCAAGGAGCACUCGUUUCUGUUCUUCAAUCUGGCCCGAACCAAGGUGCUGGACUCGUUGAAGCAGAUCUGUCGCAAGGACCACGAUGUGGACUAUGUGAAAAGUGUGUACAUAAACGAUAUCGAUAACAUCGCGCCCUGCUAUCUGUACGAGGAGUACGACUGCAGCAUACCGUACCCGCGGGACGACGGCAUCACCAAGCCGGGAAAGUGUAAGGUCAAGGUGAAAUUCGUCCCCUACGCUGGCCGCAGCCGGACGGUUGGAAAAAAUGCGCAAAAGGACGACAGCGAGUCGCUGCCAGGACUGAAGGUGCUAUAUUCGCAGGAGUGGAGGCACGUAGCGAAUAUUGAUGAAAUUUUUACUAUACUAGUAGACAAACAACUUACGGUGGACAUUUCACUGAAGGAUCAACCGAAUCUGUACUCGAUAGACUUUAGCAGUCAGACUGAAUUAGAAUCGUUCGUAACGUGUUUAGCUGGUUAUUAUAGAUUAAUGUGUAAGUGGACUGUGUAUCUUUGUAAACCCCAUUUGUCCUCGCCAACGUUGAAUAGGCUUACGGAACUUAAAUGCCAUGGUCCUAUCGGAGGAAAGUACUCCUACCGGAAAAUAGCGGAGAAGAAUAGCAGUGUCGGUGCUAAUAUUGUUCGUCAAUGCGAAAACCACUACGACACGUACUACGUGGACAUUUUGGAGCGCGAGAACCAAAUGAAAACUUAUAAGCUCACCUACGCGGAGAAUCGAUGGCAUGUGCAUCGCGGCCCCAGCGAAGUGACGGCGUACGACGAACUGCUCGACGCACUGCGCAAUCUGAAUCCGAAAAUCAAGAAUCUGUACCGACUGUCGCCGACGGAGCACGACAAGGCGCCGAAUCUCCUGCUGUGCCAGCCCGAGAACGACAUGACAUCGAAGAAGCUGCUCCGGGACGCCGGCGAAAUGCAACAGGUCCGGCCGCAGAUUGUCAACGCAGCCAAGGAGCUGGCGAUCAAGCGAAAUGCGUUGAAGAAUGAAGGCGAUGGGUUCUUCGAAAAGACAAGAGCUGAAUUAUUUCUUCCGAAUAAUACCAAAAUGGAAGUGACGUUGAAGCUGCUGAAGAACGACAAAAAGGACGAACAUUUGAGUGAUUUCCUCCAGUUGGCGGACUUUUGGGCGAGUAUAGACUGUCGAAACAUCAUAAAACUGUACGGUGUAACGUUGUUCAAACCCGUUGCCAUGGUGCUCGAAAGCUCCCGGGACAGUCCUCUGGAUGAGUUCCUGCGACAACAUCGGAAGAUUUCCUUUUCGUCGCUUAUCGAUGUGGCCCACUCGCUGGCCUGUGCUCUCUAUUACCUGCAGGAGAAGGGACUCGUGCAUGGACGGAUACGAUGUUCCUCGAUGUUAGUGACGGCGUACGAGCGGAGUGAGAACCGCUUGAUAGGCAAACUGGGUGAUCCGGGACUGCGCCAGCAGCAUCAAUACACGGAGCAGGAUUUGCUGUGGAUACCGAUCGAGUACCACGAUCUGGGACAAAGUGAUGUGCAAUUGUUGAAACGGGACCUCAGGGCGGAUAUCUGGGCCUGUUCGACGACUUUGUGGGAAAUUUUUAGCCGUGGCAAAGGGCUUACGCCGCGGAAUGUUAAGCAGUUUAUUGCUUCCGGUCGGAGAUUGGAAGCACCAGCCGAGUGCAAACACAUAAAGGAGAUCUACCAGUGCAUGUUCUACGGGUGGGCGGUGGAUCCAGACAAGAGGUUCGCACCGCAGAUGAUCAUUUCGAAAUUGGUGCAAGCAAAACAAAGAAAACAUUAUUGUGAGAUACCCCAAACGGGUAUACUGAACGGAACAACGAAUUCAGCCAACGGCUCUUACUCACAUCAGAGUAUAAAUUCUUUCGAAACAGAUUCUACCCUCCUAAACUCGCGAACGGACGUAUCCAAUUCGUCGUACGUAAGCAACGGCAGCGACGGCGAUGCCGGUAGUAACGCUUCGAGUGAAUGCAGCUCUCAGCCGCUCAUCUCCAACGGUGGUUCUAGUCAUUACAGCACCGGUUCGCACAGUGGCUGGGGACAGGCCCAGGCGGAGAACUUCCUGUACGACUGUCCGGACUUUAUCGAGCUUUCGAAUGGGUCGAAGGUGAUAUUCCAAGGGGAGCUGGGUCAGGGCCACUACGGCAAAGUAUACUGCGGAUGCAUCGAUGACGGCGUGAACCAAAUACAGGUCGCCCUGAAGACCAUCUAUCCGAUCAGUCCGCUGGAUGCGGAGAUAGCAAAGACUGACUUCAAGCGGGAGGUGUCCAUCAUGAAAAAGCUCAAUCAUCGGAACAUCGUGAAGCUGAUAGACUUUAUCGACGAGAUCGACAAGCUGGUUGUGAUUAUGGAGUUCAUGGAGAAGGGCUCGCUGCUAGAUUUUGUCAGCUACAACAGGCACAAUCUGACGAAGCUGAAUUUGCUACGGUUUUCCAAGGAUAUUGCUAAUGGAAUGAACCAUCUAUUCGAGAAGAAAAUCAUCCAUCGGGAUCUGGCGGCACGGAACAUCCUGGUCCAGAGUAUGGACUGUGUGAAAAUCUCCGACUUUGGAUUGGCUCAGGUCACGGACGGUGGCAAUUACUACGUAGCGCAGAAUAACCGGGAUUUGCCCAUCAAGUGGUACUCGCCGGAGACGCUGAAGACCAUGAAGUACUCCUUCAAGUCGGACGUGUGGUCCUUUGGGGUGACACUGUUCGAGAUGUUCACGUACGGGGAGACGCCUUUCCCGGAGUUGGAAAUUCGAGAUGCGGGGCAGUUGUUCGAUUUGCUGACGAUUCAAAGAAUCAGGCUGCAGCUCACCGAUCAGGAUCGAGACGUCCAGGAACAGCUGAUGGAUCCCUGUUUCAUCCUGGACUCUCAUCAGCGUCCAUCUUUUGUGCAAUUAUUCGAGAAUAUCGAGCAACUUAUCGACCAAUAUGGCGAAUCAAUUCAACUUUUCUAAUCGAAUAAAAAAAAAAACACUAGAAAUACGUUUGAUAGGCAUAGGAUGCAAAAGUGAAUGUCGCACGGGAGUUACUUAAGAAAGAAUCUGAAACAUAUACUGAAAACGCAUUUGAAUACUUACAUUUUUUCAAGUAUCCAACACAACGUGACUGUGAAAGUUGAAAGGUUUCGUGUAGAGGAAGUUUUUUUCCUAAAAGAAAGUUGUAACAGAAUUAGAGCACUCUUAGGUUAGGUAAAGGUAUUUUAACAUGUGGAAAAGUCGAAAAAACGAGACCUAUUUUGGCUUCUAACUUUUUCUUAUACGUACUAGAAACGGAUUUUAUGCCGGACGGCACUAGGAGUAAAAGUUAUAUUUUACUGCAGAAUGCUCUUUUUCUUUAAUACGCGUGUUCGGAGUGAACCGUUUCAUUCGUUUUAAUUCUUACAGAAUUUUCUCCCAAGCGGAAAAUCUCACCUGUUUGUUAUAAUAGGUUAGAAUUAUUGUUGCCGAUCUGUCUACUAUUACUACUGUAAAUAAACACACACUUAUAGCUCAAAUCUUCGUCGUUUGGAGACAAACGAAAUUGUCAUACCUACCUAGUACGAAACUAAAGAAUUGUGCCCGUCUAAAAUGUGGAUACGUGUCUUACUUGUUAUAUUGAAUUCUUAUGCUAAGCUAAAUUGAACCCGCUUUGGACGAAUUUCGUGCGAUACCUAUUGUAACCGAUGUUGGUAGCACUCCUCUCAGAAUACAAUGAGGCUUUGUGGGAUGAGACCUGUGAAACUUAACUACGUUAAAGCUAACACUUAUAUCAUCAGCUGAGCAAGUUUACAAUUUAUUUCAAAGUUUAUUUAUAUUUUUUGUCGUGAUUGAUAUUUUGCAACUUCUUUUCAUGUUGACCUGAACACAUUUUCUGCAGAUUUAUUUCCAGAACCUAACGUAAUUGAGCAUUAUGAUAACCAAUUUGGCAUAUAGCCAUUUCGCAUAACAAAAUUUACGUUCAUUGAUAUCAAGGCACUGUCACAUGCCAAAUGACUUUUUUUUGCCAAAUGUUCCACUCCCCUUCAAUACGGCCUCGAAAAAUAUUGGAAGAGAUUCUAGCGAAAAUUAGAUAAAAAUUCAUGGAAUUAUUUCAAUCCAUUUGAGAGUAGGUAUGCUGCCAACCCGAAGUCGUCACGAAAUUCGUCUACAGCAGGUCGCGAUACGUGACGGUUACACCGUACUAGGCGGUACACCUCACGGCCACGAUAAAUUCUAGUAAAAUUACGCGCUACAACGCAUACAACAAGAGAACCAGUCGACUACUCGAACCUAUUCAAAUUCUCAAAGUGCCACCUAGAUGAGCGGUCGCUUCGGUUUCCAUUUUACAAAAACCCUCCCUCAUUUAGACUUGUCGAUGGAAGACUGUGUUCUAUAAAUCACCUAACCAAUAGGUUACACGUUGUGUUCGAUUCGAUUUGUACAUUUUUGUUUACAGAUUGUAAAUAUACCUACCUACGAUUACAAAUUAGUCAAGCUUUUUUGGUGCAGAAAUCCUUCACAUUUCGAAAUCAAGUAAACAUGGCCUUCGUUAGUUAAAAAAUAGUGAAAAUAUCUUGCUGAAAAUUUUACACCUUUGAUUAGCUUACUGAAAACUAAGUGCAACUGGGACCCCAUUGGUGAUAGUUAAAUACGAAUAGAGUUAUACAUAUGCCUUCCUAUUUUGCGGAUAUUUCUUACCAUUGCUUGGAUACUCGUGAGAUGGCACCGAACAGUCGAUCUAGGGGUUUCAAACACUAAACCAACGACACGCUAGAAAACAAAACAAAAAAUCAGUGAAAUCGUGCUUAUGUUAUGUUGCGGCCAAACCAGCCGAGUCGAGUGAACCUGAAAGAAAAUUAACGCAGAUUAGAAUUUUACCUGGAAGACAAAAAAAAGAAUUAGAAACAAACCAUGCGAUCAAUUUUCUGAAAUUAGAUAAGACGAAUAUAGUUUUAUUUUUACAAUGUUCUUGAUUGAUUCUCAAGAAUCAGCGAGAAAACCCUUAAUGACAAAAAGAAAACAAAUUGGAUAAACGAAGAGUAGUGGAAUAUUUUUUUCCGUUUACACUCACACUGCUUGGAGAUCAUACUAGGUGAUAUUAAGAUAUCUGAUAAGUGUUUUUUCGAUGAAAUGGAAUUAUAUAGGUGUACUACAUCGAUGUGACUCUGAAAUUAUACAUACUUAAAGUGAA